AUGUGUAGUAGACCAAUAGAAUUUGAAGGAAUUGCUUGUUCAAGGGAAGCUAUAGCUUUUCGAUUAUCAUCCUUUGAAGGAACAAUCAUUGGAUUAAUGAAGUUGGAUUCUUCAAAAAAAAAUCCUAAAAUAUAUAAAUUGAGAGGGCAUAAAGGAGUAAUUCAAGAUAUUCAGUACAAUUUGCAUCAUGAAAACAUAAUAGCAUCAACUGGAGAUGAUGGAAGCAUAUUAAUAUGGAAUACAGAUAAUUUAAAUGAUGAAAUGACUCACUCUAGUAUUUUAAAUGGGCAUUCAAAAAGAUGUUCAUCCUUAGAUUGGAAUCCAGUAGUAAAUAAUACAAUUGUGUCUAUUGGUCAAGAUCAAAAAAUUAUAUGUUGGGAUGUAGAAAACGAAAAAAGUAUUCUCAGUUUGAAUCUAAAUAAGGCCCCAUUAUGUUGUAAAUGGAAUUUAGAUGGUUCUUUAUUAUCAUAUAUUGAUGGUAAUAGUAAAUUAAGUAUAAUUGACGUACGAUUAAAUAAAAUAAUAACUAGUGUAAAGUCUCAUAAAGAUCCUAAAAAACCAAAAGUCAUGUGGAUUGAUGGGUUAUCUGGAACUAAAUACAACAUUAUUUCAACAGGAUUUAGUAUAAAUCACUGUAGAGAAGUAAAAUUAUGGGAUAUACGUAAUAUCAAUAAUCCCAUAAAUGUAAUUGAUUUAGAUUCUUUACCUUCUCCUUUAUAUCCUUAUUAUGACGAAGGAUUAGGUAUUAUUGUUUUAUUAGGUAAAGGAGAAACUAUUAAUCGUUUUCUUUUUUAUUCAUGUGGUAACAUUAAACCGUUAACAGGAGCUAGAUCUCGAUUUUCUCAUGCAGGUUUUGGUUUUGCUCCAAAAACAGAAUGCAUAACUUCAAAAUGUGAAGUAGCAAAAGUGUUUAAAAUGGAGUCUAGAACUAUUUAUAUGAGCUCCAUUAUAGUUCCUAGAAAAAAUAAAGAGCAAUUUCCAAAAGAUUUAUACCCUGAUCUUAUUGUAGAACCUACUUUCACUACUAAUGAAUGGGUAAAUUUUGUUGAAAAACCAAUUUUAAGAAGGGAAUUUUUAAGUAUUUCAAAUAAAAAAGAACAAGCAUUACUCAAAAAGUGUAAUAAUAAUAAUAAUAUUAGUUAUAACUCUAUUUUUAAUACUCUAUCAGAAAAAUUUAAAUAUCCUAUCAAAUCUAACAAUCAUUCUUCUAGAAAUUCUACUUUUAGUAAAAAUAAUUCCAUUAAUAACUAUCAAAUACCAGAAGAAAAAAAUGAGAAAAAAUUGAAAGCAAAAAAUAUCUUUUUUAAUGUUUUUAAGUCUAGUAAAAAUAAAAAAAUUAAUGAUGAAAAGAGUGACAAGCAAAGUAAAAGUACUACCAAUAAUAGUUUAAAAAUUAAUACAUAUGAAAACGUAGAACAAUUAAACGAUAUAUCAGAACGAUUGUCAAAAACUGAAGAAGAAAAUAUAGAAUUAAAAAAGUCUGUUUCAGAGUUACAAGAAAGAAUUAAAAUAUUAGAGAAUUUUUGCUCUGGUAGUAAUAAGUAUUAUGAAACCGAAGAAUCCUUUAAAAGUAUUGAAAAGAAAGAAUAUUAUAAAAAAAAUUCUUCAACUAACAAAGGAAACACAAAAGAUUCUAAACUAUCAUCUCCUUCUUUCCAUAUGAUUGAUAAUAAAAAAGAAGAAAAAAUAAAAAAAGACAUAGAUACUACUCAUAGGGAAAUCAAACACAAAGAAAAAUUAAAAAAAAAAAUUAAAAGUGAAAAAAUAAUUUUUGAUAAAGUAAUAUUUGGUAAUGAUUCAGAAAAUAAUAAAAAUUAA